UUGAAAAAGAAAAAUAAUAAAUAAACAUGGAUAAAAAGGAAAGUUUUUUUUUUCUUUUUUAGUUAUUAUUACAAAAAAGAAAGUAUAGUGAACUGAAAAAUGCUUUGAAAAUUUUCAGCCUUGUUACUUCUUGCUGUUGUGUUUUUUGUGGUGGGUUUUGAGUUUUUGUCUUAAAGUUGUGAAUUUUUUGAAGUGAGGUAUAAUGGGGUGUUAGAGAUCAGGUUAGUUUCUAGAGGGAGAUAAAAAUGGUGGGGUUAUUAGUGUUUUUGGUGUUGUGAGAGAGUUGAAAGAGAAAGGGAAAGCCAGGGGUUUUGUGGGUUUUUUUUAUUUUUAUUUUUGGUCGGCUAUGUAAUGGUGAGUUGGGUUUUGGUUUGUUGUUGUUUGGAUCUGAGGAGAUUGAGAGGUUAAAGUUAAGAGCUUUGGUGGGUUAUGGAGAGGAAAGUUGGGGACCUUCUGUUUUUGUGGUUGUUGAUCUUGGUGUUGCUGCUGCAUCCAGUAUGGCUGGUUCUGGGUAACAUGGAAGGUGAUGCUUUGCAUAGCCUCAGGAGCAACUUGAAUGAUCCAAACAAUGUCCUGCAGAGUUGGGAUCCUACCCUUGUCAACCCUUGCACAUGGUUUCAUGUCACAUGUAACAAUGAUAAUAGUGUCAUACGAGUUGAUCUUGGAAAUGCUGCUUUAUCUGGUCAGCUUGUUCCACAGCUUGGCCUACUUAAGAAUUUGCAAUACUUGGAACUCUAUAGUAACAAUAUAAGCGGACCAAUUCCUAGUGAUCUGGGAAAUUUGACUAACCUGGUGAGCUUGGAUCUUUACUUGAAUAGUUUUACUGGUCCCAUCCCGGACACUUUGGGCAAGCUGUCAAAACUGCGAUUCCUUCGGCUUAAUAACAAUAGUUUGGCGGGGCCCAUUCCAAUGUCAUUGACUAAUAUCUCAGCACUUCAAGUACUGGAUCUUUCAAACAACCGCCUCUCUGGAGUGGUUCCAGAUAAUGGUUCCUUCUCACUGUUCACUCCCAUCAGUUUUGCUAACAACUUGGAUCUCUGUGGACCGGUUACUGGUCAUCCCUGCCCAGGUUCUCCUCCUUUUUCUCCUCCUCCUCCAUUUGUCCCACCGCCUCCAGUUUCUACACCAGGAGGUAAUAGUGCCACUGGAGCAAUUGCUGGAGGAGUUGCGGCUGGUGCAGCCUUACUGUUUGCUGCCCCUGCAUUAGCAUUUGCUUGGUGGCGUCGGAGGAAGCCUCAGGAAUUCUUCUUUGAUGUUCCUGCUGAAGAAGAUCCCGAGGUUCAUCUAGGACAGCUUAAGAGGUUUUCACUGCGAGAAUUACAAGUUGCAACAGAUAGCUUUAGCAACAAAAAUAUUCUGGGUAGAGGAGGAUUUGGGAAGGUUUACAAAGGACGUCUAGCAGAUGGCUCAUUGGUGGCUGUAAAAAGACUUAAAGAAGAGCGUACACCUGGAGGAGAGUUGCAGUUUCAAACGGAAGUUGAGAUGAUAAGCAUGGCUGUGCAUCGGAAUCUCCUCCGCUUACGUGGCUUUUGCAUGACACCAACUGAAAGACUGCUUGUUUAUCCCUACAUGGCUAAUGGAAGUGUUGCAUCAUGUUUGAGGGAACGCCCACCGUCACAACCUCCUCUAGAUUGGCCAACACGGAAGCGAAUUGCAUUGGGAUCUGCAAGGGGUUUAUCUUAUUUGCAUGAUCAUUGUGAUCCAAAGAUUAUUCAUCGGGAUGUUAAAGCUGCAAAUAUUUUGUUGGAUGAGGAAUUUGAGGCUGUUGUUGGGGAUUUUGGGCUAGCAAAAUUGAUGGACUACAAGGAUACUCACGUCACCACUGCUGUCCGUGGUACAAUAGGGCACAUAGCUCCAGAGUACCUAUCUACUGGUAAAUCGUCCGAGAAAACUGAUGUUUUUGGUUAUGGAAUCAUGCUUCUGGAGCUAAUUACUGGACAGAGGGCCUUUGACCUUGCUAGGUUGGCAAAUGAUGAUGAUGUCAUGUUGCUUGAUUGGGUAAAAGGACUUCUUAAGGAGAAGAAGUUAGAAAUGCUAGUAGAUCCUGAUCUCCAAAACAAAUAUGUGGAAGCAGAGGUGGAGCAACUAAUCCAGGUUGCACUGCUUUGUACGCAAGGCACCCCGAUGGAGCGGCCUAAGAUGUCAGAAGUGGUGAGAAUGCUUGAAGGUGAUGGUUUAGCAGAGAGAUGGGAUGAGUGGCAAAAGGUAGAAGUUCUUCGUCAGGAGGUGGAAUUCUCCCCUCAUCCAAAUUCUGAUUGGAUUGUUGACUCGACAGAAAAUCUACACGCGGUUGAGUUAUCUGGUCCAAGGUGACCAUGGCACAGUUACAAGAGAGGAAAUACUACCUAUUUUUUAUUUUUAUCAUAAUUUUGCUACCCUUUUUUUUGUCUUUUGAUUUGAUGAAUGUAUCCUGAUUUUAAGUCUCAUGUAAGUCCAUUCUGCAUUGUAUUCAUUACCUUUGUGCAUACGAGUCGUUGUUGAGCUGCAAUUUGUGUCAUCUGCUGCCAAUGGAGUCUGAUAUUUGGAUGCGGCCCGUGCAGUUCAAUCUUGCCUACUGCAAUUCUAUGGAAGAGUAGGCCUGAGUAGUGAAUUUUUCAAAUUUAAGUACAUAGAGGAACGCUGGUUACUAAUUUAAACAUUUUUUAUUGAGAAAGUUUGGAUGUAUUAUUUGUUACUGAA